AUGGUUGUCAAGGCUUCGUUUGUUGCGUCGCCUCGAUAUGAGCGGUGUGAACAUUCGAGAAGCGAUCGAUUGGUUUCAGAUGUCAAUUUGUCAUCCAACGAUUUUAGUAAAACUAGUUUAAAUCAUCUUCUUGGAGGUUUUCUUGAUUGCGAAUUACAGAUUGGUCGACCUUCACCGCUGGUGGAGUUAGAUGUUGUUGAUUGCAAUAUUUCAGGAUCAGCACAUCAUGUGUUGUGUUCUCAUAGAGUGAAAAAGUACCCGAUUCUUCUCAGAAAUGCUAUUAAUUUGGGAAACAAUCAUUUGUCAGGUGUCAUUCCUGAUUGCUGGGACAAAUGGCAGGGAAUGUAUUAUUUAAACUUAGAGAAUAAUUAUUUUUCUGGUGCGAUUCCAGGAACAUUGGGCUCUUUACGUGAGUUACAAUCACUGAACAUGCGUGGGAACAAGCUCUCAGGAAAAAUACCUGCUUCUCUAAUGAAUUUGAAAUAUUUGAUAACCCUUCAAAUUAGUAGGAAUGAGUUAGUUGGAAAGAUUCCAAAAUGGUUUGGUAACCUUUCGUAUUUAAGAAUUCUCAACCUUAGAUCAAACAAUUUUGUCGGAAAUAUUCCUUAUGAGCUCUGUUAUUCUACACAUAUCCAAAUAUUGGAUCUCGCUGAUAAUAAUCUAUCUGGAAGUAUUCCAAGAUGUAUCAACAACUUUAGUGUCCUUUCUAGCAAAAAAGUUCUGAGCGAUAAUCAAAUAUCUUUAAAUGCUUUUAAAGCGUUUAAUGGUAGUAAUUCAUUGGUGAUGAAAGGACGGGAUGACACAUAUAACUCUAUUCUUGGACUGGUGAUAUUGUUGGACCUUUCAAGUAACAAUCUUGUAGGGAACAUUCCAAGUGAAAUAUCUUUAAAUAUCAUUCAUCAUAUUCUUUAA